AUGUCUUGCACAGCAGAGCUGCGUGCACUGUGCUCGUGGAGACACACGCUGAAGAGUUUCCAACCAAGACCGAAGCCGUUCUACAAUGCCCUCCAAUCACAAGCAACACCAAAAUGCCCACAAUGUCGAACAUACUAUACGACUCUAAGCUCGCAGCCGGCAGUUCCGGUCCGGAAGUCUCUUAGGGAUUUACAGAAUUGCCAGCCGCAGGAUGUACGUCUCAUUUCACAGGCCAUUGGCGAGAAGAAGAAUCGUGCCUUCGUGGCAUUGGGCAGCAACAUGGGUGACAGGGUAGCUAUGAUCGAGCAGGCCUGCAGGGAGAUGGAAGCUGGGGGCAAGAUCAAAGUCGUACGUACGAGUAGCCUGUGGGAAACCAAGGCCAUGUACGUGAUAGAUCAGAAUAUGUUUGUAAACGGUGCAUGUGAGAUAGAAACCUCACUAUCACCAAUCCAGCUGCUAGAUGAGCUCCAGGCAGUUGAGAGCCGAAUGGGACGCGUCAAAGUCAUUGACAAAGGUCCCAGGAACAUUGAUCUGGACAUAUUACUCUACAACGAUGUCACUAUGAAGAGCGAGAGGCUGCAACUACCGCACGCCUUGAUGCUUGAAAGAGAGUUUGUUUUACGUCCACUCUGCGAAUUAAUUCCAGAAGAGAGCUUACCUCUGCACAAUGCUUUACCGGCAGGUCCACUCAAAGAGCAUCUAUCCUGUCUUCCCCACUCGGAUGAGCCCUUGUCACCUCUGACCCCACUUGCGCCUACACUUCCCAACAUCACAGCCUAUCAGUCAGACCGAGAUACACGCAUCAUGUCAAUUCUCAACGUCACACCAGAUUCAUUCUCUGAUGGAGGCAAGAACUUCAACAACGAUGAAGCCACGCUGAAAAAUACGAUCAAAUCUUAUAUUGCAGCUGGAGCGACCAUCCUUGACAUUGGCGGCCAGUCGACUCGACCUGGCGCUAUUCAAGUUUCAGCAAAGGAAGAGCUUGCUCGCAUACUGCCCGCUAUCACCUUGAUCAGACGUUUAUCAGAAGCACGCAAUGUUGCAAUCAGUAUUGAUACAUAUCGUGCUGAUGUAGCCGAAGAGUCGAUCCGAGCUGGUGCGCACAUCAUCAACGACGUGAGCGCUGGUCUUAUGGAUGACAACAUGCUCCCCAUCAUGGGAAAGUUGGGCUGUACUGUAUGUCUCAUGCAUAUGCGUGGCACGCCUAAGACCAUGAGUAAGCUUACGUCAUAUCCCGAGGGAGUGAUCGAAGGCGUAGGUCGCGAGCUUCUUGAGCGUGUGCGUGCUGCUGAGGCAGCAGGCGUCCGCCGCUGGCGCAUCAUUUUGGAUCCGGGCAUUGGCUUUGCAAAGACACAGAAGCAGAACCUGGAGUUGCUCCGGCGUCUGGAUGAAUUGACGAAAUAUCCCGGUUUGGAGGGCUUCCCAUGGCUGGUAGGCACGAGUAGAAAGGCCUUUAUUGGGAAAGUUACAGGUGUACAAGAAGCGAAGAACAGGACCUGGGGUACUGCUGCGGCAGUUACAGCCGCGAUAAAAGGUGGCUCUGACAUUGUUAGGGUGCAUGAUGUGGCUGAGAUGGUACAGGUUGCUAAGAUGGCGGAUGCUAUCUGGAGAGUGUGA